AUGUAGUGGACGGAACGCUUCUUUCAACAGCAGCAACAGUUUGUCAGAAACCUCGGUAGCUUGCAAGACAAAAUAGCCGAACCAAUAUAGCUCUUUAGACGCUGUCGUGCAUAUUAGCCACUGUGUUUUAAACACACUUCUGUCGUCUACUUAGUUAUCCGUUUUAAUUUCAUAUUUACGGUGUUAUUAUUAUUCAGCUGCGGGCUGGUUAAGUUAGCAUGAGCCUAGCUAGCUAACGUCCCCGGCCAUGCGGUCACCAAGCUACUCUCCUUCUAAAGAGGAAGAUAUCACAGUAAAACAAAAAGUAGAGGGUGAGGCCGUUUCUGUGAAAGAAGAGGAGGAUGUUUCAGUAAAAGGAGAGGAGAGUGCAGUUUAUGGCUGGAAGAGGAGAUGACUGUUACAUCGAAAAAGGAGGAGGAACCUGGAUAUCUGGGCCCGGUUUCCCAAACGCAUCUUAUGGCAUCCAAUGGUUCUUACGAUGAACUUAGCCAUAAGAUGGUAUUGAGAAACAGUUCCUUGAUUAACACUAGAGAGAGACGGGACUACCGUGGAUCCUCUGGGGAGCCUCAACAACCUCAUGAUGCUGACAAGGCAGAGAAGAGUCUCUCCACAUUAGAACACCCCAAGAAACACCUGCAGAGAUCCACAGGGAAGAGAACUCUCUGCUGCUCUGACUGUGGGAAGAGAUUCACCUCAUCAGGCAUUACAAUUCAUCAGCGAACACACACAGGGGAGAAAUCUUAUAGCUGUGAUCAAUGUGGGAAGAGUUUUACUACAUCUGGAUCUCUGACUUUACACCAGAGAACACACACAGGAGAUAAAUCCUAUAGCUGUGAUGAAUGUGGGAAGAGUUUUGCCCAAUCUGGAGCGCUGACAGUGCACCAGAGAAUACACACAGGAGAGAAACCUUAUAGCUGUGGUCAAUGUGGGAAGAGUUUUCGUCAAUCUGGAGAUCUGAGAGUGCACCAGAGAACACACACAGGAGAGAGAGACCUUAUAGCUGUGAUCAAUGUGGGAAGAGUUUUUCCCAAUCUGGAGCGCUGACAGUGCACCAGAGAAUACACACAGGAGAGAAACCUUAUAGCUGUAGUCAAUGUGGGAACAGUUUUGCUGCAUCAAGAACUCUGACUCAACACCAGAGAAUACACACAAGAGAGAAAUCCUUUGUCUGUGAAUAAUGUGGGAAGAGUUUUGGUCAAUCUGGCCAUCUGGUAUCACACCAUAGAGCACACACAGGAGAGAAAUCGUAUUGCUGUGAUCAGUGUGCCAAGAGAUACUUUAAUAAAAGAUCUCUGAUCAAACAUCAGAAAAUACAUACAUGAAUGAGUUAUUUCAUGAUAUCAAUGAAAAAAUGUCACAAUGUAGAAUGUUUUAACAUUGUAGUAGGAGUAUUUUAAUGAUGUCACAAUGUAGAACCCUAAAUGUUUGUCCUCUGUUCUAUUGAUUUCAACAUGAUAUGGAUAUUAGCCUCGGGGGGGAAAUCCAGGCUCUGAAAUGGAAGAGUAUUAUUUAACAAAAAUUGAUUAACAAAAAAAUUGUUUUGUUACACUUACCACGUUCGUGAUCCACUUGAAUCAAAAUGCAACACUUCAAAAUGUAUCAGGCUGUUUUCUGCAAGUUGUCCUCUAACCAAGGAUGUACACAUUACUCCCAGAUUCCUUGUGGUUUUUGAGCUGUUAGCUUUAACAGGACAUGCAACCCCAUCUCUCUCCUCUUCCACAAAUGAUUUUAGAAUGAUAUCGAUGAGUUAUAACAAAUAAGUGUUGUGUUCCUUUGUUUAGUGACUCCUACAUUUAAAUGCCUCACUCCAACAUGUAGCUGACUGUCUUCUGCAGGUUGUCCUCUAACCAGUGAGGUGAAAUAUAUCUCCCAUUUCCAUGUGUUUGUUUAAGUUGUGUUAGUUUCAACAGCACGUACAACCUAAUUUCCCCUCUAAUCGAUAUCAGUGAUUUAUUGCUUCUUGUCAAAACAGUGUUUUUGGUGCUUGUGGAGUUCAUAAGGAGCUUGUUUUAAAAAUUACAAGAAAUAUUAUUAUUGUGGCAGAUGUUUGUCUAUAUAGCACAUUUUAUGUUUAGGUUUUCAAUUUAUCCCAAACUGUUUCUGCAUAUUGGUUAUUGAUUUGGAGACAUUAAAAGUGUGUUUUGACAUUGGGGA